AUGUUCGAUUCCAAUCCUCUAUCAAGACUUGAAGGAGAAAUCAAUCGCCUCGGAUUUGUUUCAGGCGAAAAAAUAAGUUUACUCACUCACUUUACCGAAAAUGUAGAAAAAGUUGCUGCUGCAGUAUCUUUUCUUGAUGACAUUGAUGCAGAUGAAAAUAAACGUAGACCCGCUAAGAAAAAAAAAUUAGGAAAUCCGUUGUUUACAAAUACGUUAGAAGUGAUCCUUAAUCUCAGGAAAGCGCUCCCGGAUAAUUUACGAGAUGAUAUCGAAACAAUGUCGGAGGAACAGGAAAUAGAGCAGGAAGAGUUAACUUCAAUUAAUACAAAUAUAAUCCAGCACCCUGACAGAAAACCGCUUGCAGUAAUUAAGGAACAUGUGCUAUAUGUAAGGAAAUCUUACAAGGAUCUAUAUCACAUAGUUAACAAUGAGAAAUACGACCCCAGGUUCCUCAUAUCUGGCACGUCAGGUGUCGGCAAAUCGUGUUUCUUGAUUUAUUUAUUAAUCCGGCUCUUGUGCAAUAAAACCGAUGCUACGGUCAUUUUUCGGCCAGUUGAAGAAAAUUUAUUGUACUGUUUCAGGGAUUCUGAUCUCUUCGUUGGUGACUUUGAAGAAUUUUCGGAGGAACUCUAUUACAAUUCCAAAGCCUGGUACUUGGUGGAUGGUAAAGUUCCUGAGGAUGUUAUAGCAAGAACAGUUGUUUCUGCAUCAUCAGAAGAUAUCAAAGAUAAAAGUUUUCGAGAGUUUGUUAAAAAUCCUGUGGAUGAAUUUUGUAUGCCACCAUGGUCAAUAGAAGAGUUGGAAGCCUGUCGACUAAGUGUCUUUCCUAGGGUACCACAAGGUUUAAUGCUUGACCUCAGUGAUGAAGUGGGUGGUGUGCCAAGAUACGUUCUUCAGAUACCAGCAUUCAUUAUUCGUAAAGAAAAUUCCAAUCUUGAGGAUCAGGAUACGAUUGAUAGGAUCAAGAAAAGAUCUUUAAAACGCGUAAAAGAAGCCCUUUGGGAAAUCAGUGGUAUCAGAAAGCUUAUACGGUUCUUUUCUGAAAAUUCUAAAUAUAUUGAACUCAGCAGUCGCCUUAUUCAUCGGUGGCCAGACACUUUCUACCAAGAACAAUCCCUCUCAUGGGCUUCUGGUCGUAUUUUUGAUAAAGUCCAGAAAAAACUGGAGGAUAGUAGAUGGUGCAAUAUAUUUCUAAAAAUGAAGGAUCCUGAUGACCCUUCCAGAUAUAGGGGGAUUAUGUUUGAAUCACAAGUACUUCAUCUAUUCAAGCUCGGCGGUCAAACGUUGGAAUUGAGGAGACUUGGAGAAAACGAGAAUGAUCCUGUCAUUUACGGUAAAUUAAUUAUACCAACAAAACCAACUACGAAAUAUAUUCGAUAUGCAAGCCAGCUCAUAGGGUAUAACCAGGAAGGCAUAAUUAUCAAACCAACCAUAAGAAAUUUCAGUGCGGUAGAUUUAAUCCUUACUCCGGACUGUAUCUUUCAAAUAACUGUGUCUCCAAAACACCCUGUGAAGCAAAGUGAACUAAUCAAUAUAGUUCAAAAUAUGCAGGCCUAUAGGAAGGAUCCAAAUGCAAAAAUUCUUUUAUGUUUUAUUGUGCCGGAUGAUGUAUACGAUACCUUCAGAUACCAAAGUUAUGUAACUCCCAAGAAAAAAAUAGGAAUCGAUAAUGAGGCCUUUCAAGCGGUUAAACAUAAGUCUCCUAUCCUCAGUAAUGUAGAACAAUGGGUCGUAAAAUUUAAAAUGACACCUGAAGUGGCUGUAACGUCUGUGCUGAACAACGCGAUAGCAAUGGGCCUCGAAGCAGAAUAUGCGAAAAAAGUUAGUAUGAUAUGCCAAGAAGAACUUGCCGAUAUAAAAAUAGUCAAAGAAUCCACUGCUAAUUUCGACACCACUCAAGGAAAAAAUCGAGAUUUUUCUACAAUAGCAAUAAG